AAGAUUGAUCAUAGAAAAAUAACUCUCCGAUUAUGAGAGCAAUAAUAAGUCUUAAUAAUAAUCGUCUAUCGUCGAAGAGCGUAAAGACUAACUAUCAAACUAACUAAUACUAAAGCUCAAAUCGUACAAAUGCUUCUUUUAUACCAUUUUAAACGGAAAGUUCCAGAAUAAACAAGAAAUCACGGUAAUUAAUAGGUCAAGCAGUUACAAAGGAAUGCCGCUGUACGAAUUACAAAGGAAUGACGCAACAUUUCUAUAAUUAGUUCAUUACGAAGCUUAUUGUUCUUUUUUAUUAAGUGUCUACUCAGCAUGUCUAAUAUCUUCAUUGUUUUCUGUCAAUGCGUUCAUAGUCGCAGCAGGAUGCCAGCGUUCUAGAAGCUUCGAGUCGUUUUCUUCUGUCCAACUGGUAAUAUUGAAAUUUGUCUUUAUUAAGAACAUCGCUUUACAGUUAUUUGUAGUAUCAAAAGUUUAGACUUCCUUGUAAAAAAUUCAAACAUACUUGGCAUUCAAAAGGAUCAAAUUUAUGGAAAACCUAUAAGUUAAACCAACUGACCUAGCCAUCAGUACACUUUUUGCUAACAACUCCCCUUUGCUUCUUUCACACAAACAUGUUGCUCAAGGCCUUUAGCAAACUCUUUCAUAUAGAGUUUCAUAUAAGUGUAUCAGCAUUACCUUGACGUUUCAGAUUUAAAUACUUAAACUUUACUUUUAACAAAAUUGUUACUGGGCUUUUUAGAAAUUUAAAGGACACUUAAUUUUAAGGAAUUGCAGAUAUUACCUAUGUAUUCUUGAUUUAUCAUACCAGGGUAACUACUAUCAAGAAGAGCAUCCGUAUGAGCUUGAGGAUCUUUCUUGAUUUCAUUGAUGAUAUUUUGCUCAGUUGUGGUGAAAUCAUCAUAGGUGAUUUGUUGCGUAUUGUUAUCUCUGAACAUGGAAUCAUAAACACAUUUUACUAGAAAGCACGGGAGGGGCUAUCUUGUGAAAGAGAAAUUACAGCAAGUGUUGAAUUUAUGGGACUCCCACCUGGAGAGAAGUGCUUUGACACAUCUGAUUUAGUAUCAGCAAGAAAUUCGCUUGACAAUGCUCCCUGGUCUUUACCAUCUUCCCCAACAUAUUUCACCACGGAGGUGUCAGUCACAAGUGAUUUCUUCUCCUGUCUCUGCCGAAAAUGAAGGAGACGAGACAACUGCACUCCCCCCCUUGUUGUAAGGAAGAACUGCUUUGUUUUGUCGACCUUCUCUUGUAAAACUUUCAAUACAUCACUGCCUGAUGUUAUUUGGUUACUUGAAUCCUCCUCCUUUGGUAGUGAAUCAAGUUCGUUUUUGAAAUUACUGCAAUAAAUUUCAUCUGCUAGCACUAAGCUGUGAGUUUCACCUGGCAGUGCAACUGCAUUUUGCAUCAAAUCUAUGUGUUCACGAUAGUGUGCGAUGUCACAAAGAUUGCCUGGUAAUAAGUCUGUGCUGGCUAUUUCCAGAUCAUCUGGCUCUUCAGUAUAAUGAAUGCCUUCAGCCUCAUAAUGGUCUUGAGUCAAACAGAGAUAUAGGGUGAUACGUUUAAAAUCCUUUGUACUUUUGCAACUCAAAAAAUUCCUUUUUGAUAUUUCGCAAAAACAAAGCUGAGCUGCCAUUCUCAUACAGUAGCACGUACUCUGUUAGACUUCCAUAACCUCUGACAAAAACAGCCCACUUUGCCACAGCCUUCCCCAAAAGUUGACAGUAAGCUGCAUUUCUGUUGAUUGUGAUAGGAAGACGCUUUCCCCAAAUGGUUUCAAACCAAUGUUUAUAGUGACAUUCUCAAUCUUGGUUUUCUUAAUUGCAUGUUUCCCAUACGAACAUGUCUCUGUUGGAAAUACCCCAACCUUGCGAGUUCGCUCAUAUAAAAUAGCGAAACUUUAGUGAUGAAUUCUCUUUUUGCGACUUCACCAAAACUCAACAUAACAACUCAACUUGAAACAUGAUACCCUCCGGUUCUAACUACAAACAGUGUGAAUAUAAAAUGCGGACACAAGUCCUCAUGGUUAAAUGGCUAUAAUAUUUUAAACAUCUCUGAUCUAGAUAUUUUUCCCUUGACAAAAACUUUAAACUUUCCCUUUCUUUAUCCAGAGGUCCGAGCAUCAACUCCCAAAAUGAGUUGAUGCUCGACAUGCUGUAGAUGCUGUGACUUUCUCUGUCUGCAACUGCCCUGCAGUUUUAAGGGGGCGGCACUUACUCUGAUCACUCUUGCGAUUCCAGCAAUAAAGACAUCUUUUUCAACUUUCACUGCAUACAUGCACAUGCAGCAAUGCCUUUAAUGAAGUUUAUCGUGGACUGAAAACAGAUAAAAAGCUAGGUACCUGUGAAGAAGAUGUAUGUGCUUGCAGAGAUGACACGUUAUCAGGGAAUAAGGACAGUUACACAUGUACAUGUGGCAGCAAAUUAUACAUUCGUGGCACCAGAGCAUGCAUUCCUGAACAUCGCACUCUGCGUCUAUCUUUUUUAAGCUAUACUUCUCGGCACCUUCAGAAAAUUGUAUUUUCCAAACUGUGCUCAACUCUGUCUAUGAUAUUCUAUUGAAGGACAGUUCGAGGCUCUACCUGUGUCUGCCAUGAAUCAUGUUAAUGCGUUUGCUUGGCUUUCCUUUGGCGAGCUUUAUAACACAUUAAGGGCAGGCUUACCUCAGAUUUUGAUGAAAAGUGUAAAUUUUUAUGAAAUCUCAAAGUGAAAGGAUUUACAUAUUUUAAAAUAUCUUCUUUCCGACGGUCAAUUUAGAUUUCACCUAUCUUCCCAGGAAGUUACUUAUAUUUCAAUUUGAAAAACAUGUCCUUCAGUAAAAAGCUCAAAUUCUGUGCAAAAACUGUGAAAAAUGAAUGGUUUAUGCUUUUCCAGGCGUCAUCCUAACCCCUUCAACCCAGACACCGAUCGAAUCGUUACAUUUUUAUCUUUUCAACAAGCCUACCAUCUUUAUUGAGUCUCCUAUUAAAAAAGAGAGAAUCUAGGUUUUCCAUUGGUCGAAAUGAUGCAAAAUGUCCGAUAUUCAAAUUUGAUUGGCUAAAACUGGUCACAUGAUUUGAAAUCUAUUGUUCAAACAUGGCGUCUCGCUCACAAACAAACGUUGAAAACUGUUGUGUGGUGUGAAAUUACUUUGCCUACCUUCGCAUUUCGCUGUGAAUGUGCUUCACUAUUCAUAUUCUUACUUGUAUUGGCUUUACGAAAUUAUAAACUGUAUCUCGAACUGACAUAUCCACACUUCCUGGGAAGAAAUCGCAAGUUAGGCCCGUUUGUUUACUCGUUUUGGCCAAGUGCAAGAACGUUGGUGUCAUUCGAACUCUCUUUUCAUCAGACUCGAUCGUAUUUGUUUUAGAUUUUAGCUGACACUACCUAAUUUAUAAACAUGGGUAGACCACGGAAAAACGCAAGAAAGUUUCAUGGAAAUCGAUUCACUCGUAGUUGUCUCAUCGCAGUCAAUUUCAGAGAGUCACGGCGAAGCAACGGCAUCUUCUUCUAAGGUCACUCUUUUGUCGUCCGAUAAUUUUGAUCCUGGACUUUCUGGCAACAGAAUCAUGAGUGUUAUGAACAUUCUAAAUUUCUUGGAACAACUAGCUUGUAGCACUUGCUUAGAAAAGAUGGUCUUUGCCGAAGAAAAAUUGGUUGGACAAGCGUCCACCCUUUAUUUUUUAUGUGGAUGUAAUUCAAGGUUAGCCCUCAAAUCCUCAGAUCUGUGCACAACAUCCAAGCAUUACCAGGUCAAUGACAGGCUACAGGUUUCAAUGUAUGAAAUUGGAUGCCACUUUGAAGCUGCCAGAAAUUUCUGUGGAAAUAUGGACCUUCCACCACCAGUUUCGAGCAAAUCUUGGAAUCAAAACAAGAAAAGGAUCCAUGAAGCAUUCAAGCAAGAGUCUUCCAAGAGCAAAAACAAGGCUGCUUCAGAGAUCAAGGAUGCCAAAGGGGAUGAUGUUACUGUCUCUUGUGAUGGAACGUGGCAAAAGCGUGGAUUUUCCAGCAAGAAUGGUGUAGUGACAGUUGCAACAGUCAAUGGACUCAGUUCUAAAAUAAUUGAUACUGAGACCUUGACAAACCAUUGCAAUAAAUGCAAAGCAGCAACAAAUGGCAAUGAAACUACACAUGUUUGCCAGAAAAAUUAUGAAGGAACUGCUGGGUCGAUGGAAGGUGAAGGUGUGAAAAGAAUUUUCAGGCGAUCACAAGAACAAUAUGGUCUAUCAUAUGUUGGAUACUUGGGAGAUGGUGACUCAAAGAGUUUCAAAAAUCUAAGUGAGGCAGAGCCACCCAUCUACUCAGGAAAACAAAUUGAAAAACUUGAAUGUGUUGGACACAUUCAGAAGAGAAUGGGGAGAAAGCUGAACAAUUUAGUUUUUCAAUGUAAGAAAAUGUUUUAUACAGACAGCAAUGGAAAAAGAAUAAAAGGAAUUGGAGGGAAAAACAAAUUGACCAAAAAGGAUAUUUAUAGAAUUCAAGGUCAUUAUGGGGCUGCUAUAAGGAAACAUGUUGGUGAUGAAAAUGGAAUGAGAAAGGCAAUUUGGGCUAUUUUUCACCACCGGUCAGGAGACCAUUCAAUGUGUGGACAGUGGUGUCCUUCACUAUGCGGCAACCUUGAAAAGGCUAAUGCCAGAUUGCUUCCAGAUUUUGUGAUAAAUGAAAUGAGGCCUGUAUUUGAGAGCCUAACUGCUACAGAGCUUCUUUCAAGGUGCACACAUGGAGGGACUCAAAAUGUCAAUGAGUCAUUCCAUAACAUUAUCUGGUCCCUGUGCCCAAAAGAAAUUUUUGUUGGCUGGCGACGCCUUGAUAUAGCAGUUUCUUCUGCUACAUUGCAAUACAAUGAGGGAAAAGCCAGUAAGCUUGCUGUGUAUGCUAACCUUGGCUUGUUCCAUUCAAAAUAUCACCAGCAAUAUGCUAGCAUGAUGGACAAGAAAAGAAUUAAAAGCUCUUAUGUAACCGAAGGACAUAAAGCAAAAAGGCGGAGAAAUCAAGAGGCAGCUAGCUUGUCAAAACCAUCCAGUCAAUAUGGCCCUGGAAUUUGUGAAAUCACUGAAUAACUGUAAUUGUCUGUUUGUAGAUACUUUAGCUCAAGACCCUCUAGCAUUAAAUACUUUAAAUACCAUUUUCCUGUAAGGGUGUAAAGCAUAGGAGUAUUAGUAGGUGUUUGAAUGCCUUUACCUAAACUUUAAACGCGUUUUUCUCAAAAGUCUUAUUUACGGUUAAUGUACAUGAUAAACUGGGAUAUAUCUCAGCUUCUAUUAAUGCUAGAGUCUUGAAAUUUUCAGGGCAUAUUACCCAGACUAUGUAUUUCAUUCUGAACUACUUAGAGCCCCCUAACCCUGAUAGAUUUUAUUUUGAGAACAAAAGUAUAUUUAAAAUUGCGUGACAAUUCAAUGGUGCAGAUAAGAUAAUUUUUUUAAUAAAAUCUAGUUGAUAUAUCACAUUGAUUGUAGUUCAGUUUGAACAUAUACCCUAGAGUUAUCAUAGGCCAAAAUAUGGAACCUCUAGCCUUCCUGGGUGCUCAGUUAUAUCCCAUUUUGUAGCGACAUCCUUUGUGCAUCUACCAUCUUUAAAUCACGUGAUCAAAAUGCUAUAUUUUAUUUUUUUUGGUGAUUUUUCUAUAUUCAACCUCUAAACAACAUUUUCCCAAAGAUUAAUCAAAAUCUGAUCAGAAUUGACAAAAAUCAUGUUUCUUAGGUAAGCCUGCCCUUAAAAG